AUGGUGUCCGAAGCUCACAAGAUGGUUCAGGAAUCAGAAGAUAGAGCUCAGGGUUUGGAACAGUUGGCCCAGGAUGUUUACAAACAAGCCUGCGUUCGCAUUCAAGAGUUGGUCAAUGUGGCAGAAAAAUUGUACCAAUCCAAUUAUUGCAAUCAAGCUUCCAGUUCGCAGCUUCUGACCGAAGAGGAGAGACUGGCUGCUCUGAUCGCCACUCCCUCAGCCGUGUACCGUGAGCCAGAGGUUGCGAGCAGCAGCGACGACGUGUUGAUCCAGCAUGUUCCAUCAGAGGAUCAACGCAGUGAUAUCAUGACAAAGGGUCUCGCCCCCCAGAAGUGGUCUAGUGCUUUGAUGCUGGCCACCUUCGCCCGACGAGACUCUGCUCUUGCCUUCGGACGUCGAAAAACGGAGCUGCUGCAGCGGUUCUGGGAAGAGAAAGAAAAAGAGGCCAAAAGCAAGAGAUGCCAAGAGAAAAGAGAUGCCAAGAGCAAGAGACGUCAGAUGACUGGUAACCAUCCAAGGGCUCUUGCCCAUGCCUUGGAAGACCAGAUCCACGACAAGGACGUUGUUUGCACAGCCGUGUCACACGAUGGCAUGGUUUUGGUCUUCGCGCCUGAAGAGAUGCGCAACCAUGAAGAGGUAGUGCAGGCUGCGGUCUCGCAGAAUGGCCUUGCUUUGGAAUAUGCCAGCCCAAGGUUACGAGAGAAGACCGAAACAGUGCUGGCUGCCCUGGGGCAGAACCCUGAUGCCAUCCAUCAUGUGCUGCCUAUUGUGAGGGACGACCAUCGGAUGAUGGCCUUCGGUCAAGAACGCAGGCCAUGCUUGCUGGAGAUGCUGUCUGAGCGCCCUAGGCCCAUGGCACUGAAGAUGGCACUGGCUCGAAUCCGCAUGUUUGUGGAGCCUCUCUUGAAGGAGACAAAGACAUCUUGGGAAGAUGCACGCUUUGUCUUGAGAAAGAUGAAUUCGCUGGCAGAGCUCCAGGGGGCCGUUGAUGAUCCUAAGGCCUUUAUUGAUUCGCUCAACAAGCGGCAAGAUGAUAUGGGACGAGAGUGGGUCAUUGCAACUUUGCGCUUCCGCUUAGAGCCCCUUGCAGCUGAGCAAGACCUGUGGUGGGACGAGAUGGUUCCUGUCCUCAAGAGCUGCAGUCGCAAGGAGCUGCUACAAGCGCAAGAGAACGGUAAGCGCUUCCUGGAAACUAUCAACAACAAGACCCGUGGCGAAACAGCUCAACUGCUGGCCAUCGCUAAACUUCGUCGGCCAUUCUCGCGGGUUUUGCCUGUUGGACUUCCUUGGGCCGAUGUUGUUCCAGCACUUCACAAGGUGGAGACGUUGAAAGAGCUGCAAAAUGCAAGGGAAGCGCCUGACUUGCUGAUGUGGAAGAUGUCGAACGCGCAGCAGGAAUGGCCACCGGCAGUUCUCUACAGCUUCUUGCGGUUGAGGCCAAAGAUGGAGCCCAAACUGACAGAGCUUGUGCCUGGCGUCAUGUGGGAGGACUUUGUGAAGUCCUUGCAGGUGUUGGAUCCUAUGGAGCUUCACCAAGCAUCUCAGAGCCUCUACCGUUUUCUUCAGCUCCUCGAGAUCUAUCCAGCAGAUCCACCUGGCAGAUGGUGGUUCAUCGCCCGUUUGCGCCCACACAUCGAGCUGGCUUUGGAUACACAAGGGAACACAUGGGAGGAAGCCGUAGAGAUGAUGUUUGAGAUGGACCCAGCCUUCGAUUUGAAGCCAGCCAUUCACGAACCCCUGGUCUUCUGCGAGCAACUUGCGGAGGGUCCACAGCAUUUGCGGUGGAAGACCACACUUCGGCCGGAGGAACUGAAGGCAGAGUUGCGAAAGGCGGCUGAGGACGGCUGAGGACGGCUGAGGACGGCUGAGGACGGCUGAGGACGGCUGAGGACUGAGAGCUGAUGGCAUUCGUUGAUGCCGGCGCCAGCUCCAUGGCCAAAAUGGCCAGCCGACCGUUAAACGGCUCGGGUCAAAAAGAGAGGGAGAAGUCGCGAUAAGUCGCGAUUGGAUCCCGGUCCCUGAACAAGUAGUGAUAUGAUGUGACAUGAUAUUUGCACUGGCACUGUCUAAAA